UUGGAAUGCAAAUUCAAUUGAAUGUAUUUUUAGCAGAAACAUAUCCUGUCAGUGUUAGCUACUUAUUGAGAGAAAUGCAUCUUACGCUCAGCUGUCUUCAUCCAUUAACAUUCUGUAGGCCUUAGGAGAAGGCUGAGGGGAAAAAGGGGAACACGUUUAUGAGAACUGGUACAUGAGACUGCUCCCUAAUUUGUUCAUUGAGUAACACUUGUCACUGUUGACAAGCCACGAAGCCCAGCUUCUGCUUGGGGUUUUGGGAGGCCAUGUCCAAAGCUAUACUAACCAACUAAGCCACAAAAGUGGAGUGAGUAACACUGUGCAUAGAGGUUCUCAGGGUGUGGUUUAAAAACAAGCUUCUCUGUUAAGUAUGUUAAACAUGAUUACAAGGAAAUGUGGAGACACAGGGCGUGAGCUUUCCUGUUGAGGAGGCAGAGAUUAGAUGAUAUUUGCAUGGACCUUUUCCUUGUAUUAUCUUUUCACGGAGCAACUUUAAGUGGCAUCUCCUCAGAGAACCCUUACCUAACAAUCUGAAUCUGAAGACCAUGCUGUUGGAAUUCCUGCAGAGCACUCACAGUUAACUGAUAGUUUUCUUCAUUUCCUUGAUUACUGUUGUCUCAUCACAGUAGACGUGACCAUCUUUCCACCGUAGAAAAGGACACAAAUGGAGAAGUUCUGUGGGUGUGGUGUUACCCUUCCACGACAGCCGCAUUAAGGAAUCUGCUGCUCAGAAAAUGCUGUCUCACAGACGAAAACAAACUUCUCCAUCCCUUUGUCUUUGGGCAGUACAGAAGAACAUGGUUUUAUAUCACAACAAUUGAAGUUCCAGAUUCUUCAGUUUUGAAAAAGAAUGUACCUGAAACAUGGGAGUCCAGUUAAAAUGAUGGAGAGUUAUAUUGCAGUUCUUACCAAGGGUAUCUGCCAGAGUGAAGAAAAUGGCUCUUUUCUUAGCAAGGACUUUGAUGCUCGAAAGGCAUACCUUGCAGGCUCCAUCAAAGACAUUGUAUCUCAAUUUGGAAUGGAAACUGUUAUCUUACACACGGCAUUGAUGCUAAAAAAACGAAUUGUUGUCUAUCACCCUAAAAUAGAAGCUGUUCAGGAGUUUACCAGGACUCUGCCUGCCCUGGUGUGGCAUCGACAGGAUUGGACCAUCCUGCAUUCUUAUGUGCACCUCAACACUGAUGAGCUAGAAGCCCUGCAGAUGUGCACAGGUUACAUUGCUGGGUUCGUAGACCUGGAGGUGAGCAACAGACCAGAUCUCUAUGACGUGUUUGUGAAUCUGGCAGAUAGUGAGAUCACCAUUGCUCCACUUGCAAAAGAGUCCAUGACAAUGGGAAAAUUGCACAAAGAAAUCGGCCAGCUAAUUGUUCAGUCUGCAGAGGAUCCAGAGAAGUCAGACAGCCAGGUUAUACAGGAUAUUGCCCUAAAAACAAAAGAAAUCUUCACCAACCUAGCACCAUUUUCUGAAGUUUUGGGUGAUGGAGGAAAACGAGUCCUCAAUUUGGAGGCGCUCAAGCAGAAAAGAUUUCCACCAGCAACAGAGAAUUUCCUUUACCACCUAGCAGCAGCCGAACAAAUGCUGAAACUCUGACUGUGAGAUAGGAUGUGCGCUGGUGACUGCUGGAAAGCUCUCCUUCCACUUUGAUUAUCCGUUGACUGUGGAAAAUACUGGAGAUAAGAGGAAAUGCUAUAUUUUCAGUGAUUUAUUUGAAACUAUUGAGAUUUGACCUGAAAAACACUGAAACACAUGAAAACACUUGUGAUUUUUCUCCCAGCUAUUAGUUUCCUGCCUACUGUCAGCGUCUGACAAAGUGCUGUCUGUAACUAUUCCAUGUGAGGAAUGCCUCUGCCCAGUGUCCUGGAGUGAGGGGAAGCUCUGUCCUUGGGCAAAUCACAGCUGACGCAAAAGCCUUCAUUAUUAGUUCCCAUGUGUCUCAUCAUGUACCAUAAACUAACAGUUUGUUACCAGAAAGCUGCCUGAAAUUUUGCUUUUGUAAUUCUAGGAAGAAUUUUCAUUCCUCACAAGGAACUCUUCUUUCUGAGCCAAACUGCUAAGUUUUCUGCAGAACUGUCUAAAAGAGCAUUCAAGAGACCCUGCAGUUGUACUUUCUUAUAAAAGAAAACAUUUUUUUCUUGGCCUUUGAACAUUUUGCCUAUAUUAUGAGGGUUUUGCAUAGAUUUUAUACUUUAAUAAUCCAUAUUUAUACUCCCACAGAAGUGACUGUUGGGCAGCUGAGCCAUUAGACCUCUGCAGCUAACCCUGUGCUAGCACUAGUCUUCAGAGGAGAUGCCAGUCCUUAUAUGGUAGAGCAAAUAACCCAUCUUGAGUAUUAGUGUCUUAGGACUGAAACAGUGAUUUUUUUUUUUUUUAAUAAUUGGUAAAGGAAUAUGAGAAUCAGCUUCUUACAGGGGCCAAAACAAAGAGAAUGUCUCCAAAUGACUUCAGUAAAAAUAAUUUGGCUACAGAUCAAGGUGACCGUUCUUGUUCAGUUGUAUACCUUCAUAACUGGAGAACUUAAAAUUGCCAAAUAAGCCUAGAGGUCGAAAUUAUAUACUUGUUAUUUUGUUAUGUAUAUUCAUAUUAAUUUUGAAAGAUUACUCAAAACUGUUGUCCUUGAAAUCUUACCUGGAAACAUGUUUGCAAAACAA